AUGUAUUGGGCAACCUCGGGCCCUGGGUUUUGGAGCGCGGCUGCAGGAUGCCUUUUCCUAGUCUGGGCCACCUACAGCAUCAUCUAUGCCUUCUGCUUGUCCCCUCUGCGUCACUUUCCCGGUCCCAAACUGUGGGCCAUAUCUCGUAUCCCGUCCAAUAUCUCCGUCAUCAAUGGCCAAAACCACCUAGACAUUCUGGCACUUCACAAGAAGUACGGUCCCAUCCUGCGCCUUGGACCCAAUGAGUUGGCCUUUAAUACAGCAGAGGCCUUUCGCGAUAUCUACGGCACCAGACCUGGUGGUUGCUUCCCCAAGAAUCGGAGCCACUAUAUAGCCCCUGCGAAUGGCGUCGAUCAUUUGGUCUGUGCGGUAGACCAUGCGACCCACGCAAGACAGAAACGGCUGCUAGCUUAUGCCUUCUCUGAGAAGGCUUUGAAAGAUCAAGAAGGUCUUAUCACAGGGUAUGUCGAUACCUUGAUCACAAAAUUACGGUCUCAAGUUCGGCAGGGGAUAACCGUCGUCGACAUUAAGAGUUGGAUGAACUUUACCACUUUUGAUAUCACCGGUGACCUCAUGUUUGGCGAGCCCUUCGACUGCCUGCAAGACAGCCAGCUUCAUCCGUGGAUUAAGUUGAUCUUUACCUCCAUGAAGGCUCUUGCCUAUAUUGGAGUUGUGAAUCAGUUCUCUAUGCUCAAGGGCCUCUUGGACCUGUUCCUUCCCGGAGAAGUCAAGCGCGUUGGUCAGGAACACUUUUAUCUGAGCGCGCAGAAGGUUGAUCGUCGCUUGGAGUCUAAUAUAGCACGGCCAGACUUUAUGUCUGCUAUUCUCCAGCAUGGGCUGAGCGAGGAAAAGGGCCAAUAUCGCGAGAGCGAGCGUAUUAUGACUCGGGCUGAGAUUCAUUCUAAUGGUUUUAUUUUAAUCGUGGCAGGGAGCGAAACAUCCGCAACCCUCUUAUCUGGCUGCAUCUUUUACCUGUGUACAGCUCCCCAUGUCAUGAGCCGACUCAUCGCCGAGAUCCGCUCCACCUUCAAACAGGAAAGUGACAUCACUUUCCGCGCCGUGGAAGAACUCAAGUACAUGAACGCUGUCAUUGAGGAGUCGCUGCGUAUCUACCCGCCCUUUGUGACGAGUCUGUCGCGCCUCGUACCGCAAGGUGGAGCAGCCGUGGAUGGCCAUUUUCUCCCUGGAGAGACUGCUGUGGCAUGUCACCAUUACGCUUCCUACCACUCCGAGUCCAACUUCACCUUCCCAGACAAGUUCAUUCCAGAGCGCUGGCUAGACUCAGACCCAGUCUUUAAGAAUGAUAAGAAAGAUGUUUUGCAGCCAUUCAGCCUUGGGCCGCGCGUCUGCCUUGGAAAACAUCUAGCAAACUGCGAAAUCCGCCUUAUCCUCUGCAAACUCCUCUAUCACUUCGACAUAACCUUACGCCCAGAGAGUGCCAACUGGGCUGACCAGAAAGUUUAUUUCCUCUGGGAUAAGCCGGCUCUCAUGGUGACACUAAAAGACCGGUUUCCUGAAGCCGGAAUGUCGAGCUCUCAGGAACCCAUGAACCUGUUCUCAGGGUGA